GAGCAUUAAGCCAUUAGUCGGUUUCGAGCCAUCGAAGUGAUAGGUGGGGUUGGGUUCGCUUCGUGCAUUGUCAUUGUGCAUUAAUAUUUAAGGAUACAACAGUGAAAUAACUUUGAGUUAUUGCUUUCAUAACGAUAAGAUUCUUUUAUCUUUUUUUUUUUUAGUUUUAAAAUAUAUCUUCCCCAUUUUUAGAACGAUCUAUGUUAUAUAAUUAAAUGCAAUUACGAUAAUUAAAUACAAUUUACAAAUUAGCAUCUUUGUACGUGACUUGAUGUUUGAAACAAGAUACAUUACGAUGAAACAUAACUGAAGUGAAAAAAAAAUAUAUGAAAAUGUUGUGACAAUUGAAAAAUUGUAAGACGGGAAAGUGAUAAUGAAUGCAUGCGAAAGCCUUGAAUAUCGAACACGUAAUCAGAACCGAAUAUCUAUGCAUGAUUCAAUAAGCCAAAGCAAAGAGAUGAUUUCAUGAGACGAAUGCAAUGAGGAAUCAUUGAGGCGUCAACGACAACUGACUUACAAGAUCAACACCGACUUCCUUUUUCUGUCAUGCGACAACUAGGGUACGAUGAGAAACGGGACGAUAACAACGCGUGCUGAUGUUUACGCGGAAGAAAUUCCUUGCACAUCUGACAGUGUCAUCAUGUCCAAUGAUUCACCCCCACCUCUGCAGACUUCUAUACCUUUGGUAGAUUACGAUGUACCAGAUGAAGCGCGUCCUGGUAAGAUCACACCGACCACACCUACUACUCCGGUAGCGAGUAAAUUAUCGAAUGCCGACACCGAUACGGAAAUGAUUGAGAAUGCAGUACCGAUCACGCAGACCGUACUGCCCGUUCCCGAGCCACAGCCGAAAAUUGAGAAGAAUGGAAUCGACUCGGAGGCGACAAAACCAGUCACUCAACCCGAAAACGACUCCUGCGUUGUAGAUUGUAUAUAUUUCACGCAGCAGUGUUGCGAGUGUGUAAUACUUUAACAGCCAGAAUUCUUCUCGCGUUGAGCAAUCAUUUUAUAUUCAUUUCACGACUUAACAUGGUUACGAAAAGAAUGUCAAUUAUAUGGAAUUCUUUUCCCAUCGAAUUAUUGAGCUUUGAUGGAAUUCCAAUAAUUCAGGCUGUUAAUCGAAUAAUUAAUUCCUAAAUAUUGUUAAAUGUCUAUAUUGCAUUUAAGAAAUGUAUGCUCAUCUCGGAUUUUCUCAUAUUACUGAAAAAAGAGAAAGAUCUGAAAUAUAUGUUAGGAACAUAUUUUGGGAAUGAUAAAAUUUUGAUAUGAUACUUGAAGAAUCCAAUAUUUUUAUAAAAUAAUUAUUUAUUUUGUAAAAUUUAUGAAGUACAUGAAACGGAAAAAGUUGGAAUCUUAUAGUUAAGGUAUAUAUUAGAUCUGGAAAGUAUGUGUAUCAUUUUUAAUAUAACAAAUUGAUCAAGUAUCUUAUAAUUAUAAGAAUUUAAUCACUAAUAUUUCAUAGACUGUUAAAUUUCAUUCCAAUUUAUAAAAUUUAUAUUUUUAAUCAAAUGUAGUCAUCUAAAUGUCAAAGAAAAAUUAUUUGGCUGUAAGUCUUAACUGAAAGCAAUGAAUUUAAUCUUAUAGAAAAAUUCUGCAUGAUAGUUAUCCAUGCAUUCCUAUUUUUACAUAGUGAUAUCAUAUUAGUUUUUAAGUGCUUCAUACAUUAUUCCAAACAAAGGAUUAAAAGGUAAUAGUUUGUAUAAAAAAUAGAUUAUUAACUUAUAGUAUUUUCUUCUUAAAGAUCAUGCAAUGCCACUAAUUUUAUAUAUAUAUAUACAUAUGUAUAUAUAAAUAAUAUUGGAAUAUGUACAAGUUCAUUACCCAUACAUAUUGUUCCAUUAUAAAAUUAAAGAGAAUGAAGAGACAUAAUGUUAAUUAUCCUUAAAGACUGCUUAAGUGCCGUAAAUUUAUUUAAAUAUUAAAACUUCAUUGUGUAGGGGAUUUAAUUAAAAGCACAAAUUUACUUGAAUAAAGUCAAUAUCCUACAAAAUAAUAUUCUACAUUCAUAAAUAGUAUAAAGUCUUAAGGUAUCACAUAAGGAGAAAAUUGUACAUAAAAGUUGCAAUUUAUACAAAUAAGAGAGAGUAUGGACAAAUUUGAUACAUUCUUAUAAUUACACCCGUUAUACUUUGAAAAUAAUCGUGUAAACCAAAACAAUAUGAUCAAAUUAUUUUGAACAAAAAGUAAUAAAAAUGAUAUAUCUUGUAAAUAUAUUCCAAAAUGAAAUUGUAUAAAUGAAAAGCACUACUGUGGCCUCAAUUAAUAUCAGUUCAAAAGGCUUUACAAAACUCACAUUUAUACAAAUUUGCUACUUGUAUAAGUAAUUAACAAAAAGUAAAUGUAAGAAAUUCAACUAUUAUAAAAUUUCCAAAUUCUACUUUUUAUAAUAACAAAUUAUAUUUCAUUAAUAUAUAACAUUAAGGUACAUAGAUAUAAUGAAAUUAUUUCAUUGUAAAGAUUAUAGCGCAAUCGUAAAAUUAUUUGACAAAUUAUAUAUAAUUGUAUUUUAUAUAAGAAAUGUAUAUUCAUACAGUUUACUUCUCAAUGGCAUUAAAAUUUUUUAAACAUUACAAAAAAUAUGAAUACAUAUCGUCGAUUGUCUUGCAAGUAGAACAUAUUUAAAUAAUAAAAAGUAACACAAAGUGCAAUUUAAUAAUCCACAAUAGUAUAACAUAUGUAGCUGACUUAAUUAGUUUUAUUACUAUUACUACUACUACUACCACUACUACUACUACUACUAUUUAUAUUUUCUCUGUGAAAUGAACUAUGCUUGUUGUAAAGUGGAACAAACAUUAAAUUGUACAGCAUAAUCAAAAGUAUGUACACUUGAAGAAUGAAACCGCGAAACAAAUAUAUAUAUAUGUAUUAGAAGGAUAAAA